AUGGAAAAAACUCUAAGAAAUUGGCAGGCAAAACCGGAAAACCUCAACAAAACCGUAACGAAGACUAAUUUUUGUAAAGUAUUUAAGGAAACUUUGGAUACAGAUAUGACACAAGAUAUUAAAAACGGAUUCAGAAAGUGUGGGCUAUUCCCCUUUAAUCCGAAAAAACUUAAGAUCAUUAAUAGAAACAAUAUAAAACCUAAUAUCCCAAAAAGAAAACAAACAAAAGCCAAAGAAAGUGAUAGUGAUAUUAUAAAUACCGAUAAAGAUAUAGAAAUCAAUAUUAAGAAGACUAAAGUAAUCGAAAAGACUGAUAAAUUUAAUAUUAUAAAGAAAGUUGAUAUAAAAGAAAUAAAUAAAAUAAGUGAAGACAAGAUUGAUAAGGAAAUGUCUCAUAAAAGUGAAACAGCUAUAGAUGUAACUAAAACCAUUCCCAGCGAUGAAACUUUUAAGAAAUACGAUAUUUAUGAAGAAGAUGAGGAUGAUCACGAAUUUGAUAUUUUU